AUGACCGCUUGGACCCUGGUUGAUGACAUCAUCGAUGGCAGUGCUUUGAGGUUCAGGAAGAAAUGCUGGUACAAUGUCGUCGGCGUUGGACGAGCAACCAACGACAGUCACACCUUGAUUUCGUGCGUUUAUAUUCUGCUCAAGAAGCACUUCUCGCACUUGGAUUGCUACGCCAGUCUGGUGGACUUGAUGACCGAAGCGAUCUGGAGAGUCAGUCUUGGACAGCAUUUCGACGACAAGAUUUCCAGGGAGAGCUUCGAGAAGUUCACGCAGGAGAACUACGACUUGAUACUGAAGGGAAAGUCGUCAUUCUGCUACUAUUUUCAACUCGGGAUGGUGAUGAUCCUGGCAGGACGCACGGAGCCGCGAGCCUUCGCCAGAUCGCGAGAUCUGUUCCUGGAAAUCGGCUACUUGGCGCAAGUCAUCAACGACUUCUGGGACUGCUACGAUUACAUGGAUUCGUCCUUCAAGAGCGGCACCGACAUCGAGUCCGGGAAGUGCGGUUGGCUGGCCGUGCAGUGUCUCAAGAUGGCCUCCGAGGAGCAAAGGCAGGUCUUCGAAAAGUGCUACGGCAAAAAGGAUCCGCAGUGCAUCCAGAAGAUCAAGGAUCUCUACGACGAACUCAACCUGUCGACGCUUUACUUCGACUACAUGAAGAAGAGCUGCGCGAAUCUGGUGGCAAAAGCCAUCGAGAAUCCGGGCGAAAUUCCAUCUGAAAUCUUCAAGACGAUAGUAAACUUUUAUUUUAAGAGAGAAAUACAAUUUCCAAACAUCAUCGCUGAUUAUGAAAACGGUGUUAAGCAGUAUAAUUGUGGAAUUUAAGAGAAUAGUUUCUGUAGUGAA